CACCGCCCUCUGCCGGCUUUUGGGGAAAGGUCACCCAGACGGCAAGCCGGUUCCGGAUGCUCCGGAAGUGAAGCUUUCUUUUCCGGACCGAGCAUCUGGGCGUCUGCACGUGGUUGUUUUGCCGAACUUGAACCGGCGCCGGGGGAAAAGUGAGUUCAGCUUCAACCUCAGAGCUAGUGAGCUGAACCAGAGCCAUGGAGAGUCAGAGCGUGGAGGAGCUACUAGCAAAGGCGGAGCGGGACGAGGCAGAAAAGCUGCAGCGUAUCACGGUGCAUAAGGAACUGGAAUUGGAGUUUGACUUAGGCAAUUUGUUGGCCUCAGACCGGAACCCCCCAACGGGACUGCGGUGCGCGGGACCCACACUGGAGGCUGAGCUGCGGAGCUUGGCGCGGGACAACACGCAGCUGCUCAUCAAUCAGCUGUGGCAGCUGCCCACGGAGCGCGUGGAGGAGGCGCUAGUGGCACGGCUGCCCGAGCCCACCACGCGCCUGCCUCGCGAGAAGCCGGUGCCCCGGCCGCGGCCGCUUACGCGCUGGCAGCAGUUUGCGCGCCUGAAAGGCAUACGACCCAAGAAGAAGACCAAUCUGGUGUGGGACGAGGUGAGCGGUCAGUGGCGGCGCCGCUGGGGCUACCAGCGCGCCCGCGACGACACCAAGGAGUGGCUGAUCGAGGUGCCUGGCAGGGCCGACCCCUUGGAGGACCAGUUCGCCAAGCGGGUACAGGCCAAGAAGGAACGGGUGGCCAAGAACGAACUGAACCGGCUGCGUAACCUGGCCCGUGCACACAAAAUGCAGCUACCCAGUGCGGCCGGCAUGCACCCAACUGGACACCAGAGCAAGGAGGAGCUGGGCCGCGCCAUGCAAGUGGCCAAAGUCUCUACCGCUUCUGUGGGACGCUUCCAGGAGCGUCUGCCCAAGGAGAAGGCGCCUCGGGGCUCCGGCAAGAAGAGGAAGUUUCAGCCUCUCUUCGGGGACUUUGCAGCCGAGAAGAAGAGCCAGUUGGAGCUGCUGCGAGUCAUGAACAGCAAAAAGCCUCAGCUGGACGUGACGAGGGCCACCAAUAAGCAGAUGAGGGAGGAGGACCAGGAGGAGGCCGCCAAGAAGAGAAAGAUGAGCCAGAAGGGCAAGAGAAAGGGGGGUCGGCAGGGCCCUGGGGGCAAGAGGAAAGGGGGCCCGCCCCACCUGGAAGGGAGGAGAAAAGGGGGCUUUGGAGGCAAGAUUAAUUCUGGGCCGCCUGGCUUGGGUGGCAAAAAGAAGGGAGGCCAGCACCAAGGAGGAAAGAGGAGGAAGUAAUAGUUUUCACCCUUGGGUCCCCUCUGUAAACCAAAAACUAUGCUAAACAUUAAACUUUAGUUAAAGUAGCGGGAUGCACAAGAAAGUGGCAGCUGCCUUCAUUGAACUUGAGGUUAAAGGGACAGUGUUGCCCUCCCUUCAAGAGGGUAUUUUAAGUGUUGGACUCUACAAAUUAGUGUUAUUCCUGCAACGGAGGGUUUGGCUGGAGUUUAAAGGACGCGUUUGAGGGCAUCAGAAUUAGGGCAAGAAUUUGAUGGAAAGUGGGAAUGAGUCUAUUCUUAAAACAGCCUUUUUCUUUUUAAUGUUGGCUAUAGGGCAAGAGAGAGUUGGUCAUAUAUCAGAGACUUACUGAUUUAUACGUUUCUUCAUUUUUAUCAAAGCAAAGGGAAAGGAAAGAUUACAAACAUUUUCUCAAGUGGGCUUUAAAGUAACUAUUUUAAAGGUUAUUUAAUAAAGCUGUGUCUGUAUCCAGUGUUACUUUUAACUUCUUUUGGUAGAAAUCAAGUGAAACCUGUCAUCUGAAUACCAGAUUGACCUGAGCUGGUUUGAUUAGAGGAGUCCCUAGGUGGUUCGCUCAACUGCCAACCAGAUUUGGAGUUUUGAGUUCACCCACAAGCACCUCGGAAGAAAGGCCUGGCCAUCUGUUUCUGAAAAAUCAGUCAUUGAGAGCCCUGUGGAGCACUGUCUGCGACACACAGGGUCGCCAUGACCAGAGUUGACUCCUUGGCAGCUGCUGUGGUGGUGCUUUGAUUAGAAGGGAAAAUGUUUAUGGCUGUCCUGGUGUACUUUUCUGCCCAUCAGUCUCUUUCCCUAAUAAAGAUCUGAAAAGGAUUCAUAGUUGAUCUAAAACCCAGGGGCACUUUUGUGCUGCUGUAGAGCAAAGGGCCACCCAGCUGUUUUUAGUCUGACAGUUGAUAGGAAAAGGGAGAAUUUGUCUUAUCUUUCAGUUUUUCUGUGUAGUCUCUUACAAAGGUACUUGUAGAGGUUUCUGUGAAAAAAAAUUCAGAUUUCAUUGUCGAUGUGUAACGGUUAUUAAAAACAAAGACGUUCAAAUGUUACUGUCUUCAGAUACUUUCUGAUUAAAUUAAAGCUGGAGGUUUUUGGUUUGGGCCAUCAUUAACCAAGUUUUCCCCUGAGAAUGAUAGGAACAUGACACUGUUAAGGUCUUUCAGAAUACAGUGUGAUUGUGGAAAGUUUUAGCUAAGAUCAAGUUAAACUAUUUAAUGGUACCAUGAACAACAACAUCAAAAACCAAGCAGUUCACAGUAUUUGCUAAUUUAACACCUUUUAAGUUCUUCCCAAUUGUCAGGGUUUUUUCAGGUUUUGUUUUCAGACGUUUUUGAUUUGGCAGUGGGAUUCUAACACUGGCCUGUAAAAUAGGUCUCUUGGGCUUUUUGAAAGAUUAUUGUUCACUGAUAAAACAGUUUAAAUUCAGUGUCUUAAUCCGUUAUUUAGCCCUGGAAAGACUUUAAGAAGGCAAAGUAGCAUUUUAAAGGGUUCAGAGUGGGAAAAUCUGUUCAUCCCCCUCUCCCCAAGGUCUGCAACUUGUGAAAAAUAGAGGAUUUUAAAUAGGCUUUCAGAAGUACAGAAGACUCUCACAGAGCAGUUUUCUUCUAUGGCUAUUUCAAAGCUGGGUGAUGAAACUUUGCGCCUGAUGCAACAGUAGUUUUAACUCCUGGAGAAACAGUUUUGGGCCCCUGUGGGGCUAAAUCUCAAGCAG